UGCAUUCUGGGUGUCCCAUUACACACCUUAUAAGGGUCCCCUAGAUGGGAGCGCUAUCACUUUCUGCUCCACUGCAGAGGGGUGCUAUUCUUAGGCUCUCACUUCAACCCACCCGAACAGCGGCUCCUUGGUGCCUGCCCCCCGUUUAUUUCCGAGUCUUGGGAGGAGAAAUUGAAAAAGAAAAAGACAAACAACAUAUAAGAAGAUUUAUUUAUUUUUUGGGAGAAACAAUAUGAGCAGUUACAAAGUGACCCUCUCCGGAUCUGCCCCAUGGGGCUUCCGACUGCAAGGAGGAAAAGACUUCAACAUGCCGCUCACCAUCUCCAGGAUCACCCCCGGCAGCAAGGCGGCCACAGCCAACCUGGUCCAGGGUGACAUCAUCACGGGGAUCGACGGGGUCAGCACAGAGGGCAUGACCCACCUGGAUGCCCAGAACAAGAUCAAGUGUGCCAGCUACAACCUGGCCCUCACCAUGCAGAAGUCGAAGCGCCCUGCCCCAGUGCCCACAGCUACCCCCCGAAUGGACUCCCCCAUGUCAGUCAUCCCACACCAGAAGAUCAUUGCCAACACUGUUGCCAACACCGAGUAUGUGCCCAGCUUCAACCCCAAUGUGCUGAAGGACUCCGCCCUGUCCACACACAAGCCCAUUGAGGUGAAGGGCCCGGGGGGCAAGGCCACCAUCAUCCACGCCCAGUACAACACCCCCAUCAGCAUGUACUCACAGGACGCUAUCAUGGACGCCAUAGCCGGUCAGACCCAGGCGAGGGGCAGUGACAUAUCCAGUGACGCUGGUGCGGCUGGCUCUCCCCUGGCUAUGCUCCCAGUUAAAGACCCUCUCAUAGACAGUGCCUCCCCAGUCUACCAGGCUGUGAUCCAGAACCAGGGUAAGGGGGAGAACCAGGAGAUGGAGGAAUGGUCUCGCCGCGCUGCCAACCUACAGUCCAAAUCCUUCCGCAUCCUGGCCCACAUCACAGGAACCGAGUACAUGCAAGACCCAGAUGUGGAUGCUCUGAGGAAAUCAAGGGAAAAGUUUGAAACGGAAGUAAAAGGCCCACGUUUUGCUAAAUUGAAAAACUGGCACAAUGGCCUGUCUGCGCAAAUCCUUAACGUUUAGGGUUAUAUUUGAGAUUUGAAAAGGAGGAAAGGGGGCGAGGGAGGAGGAGGAGAGUAGUUCUGAACUAGAGGAGUGUUUAGCCCCCAUGGUGUGGGUGGUAGAAGAGCUAAUCAGUUUUGCGAGUGCUUGUCGUCAGUCUGUUCUCUGUGCUGUAUAUCCCUCUGCGUUGUAGCGUAGUAGCGCUCAGCUCCUUUUAUUGUUUAAGCUGUAUUUAUUUUGGUUUUUUUGCAUUAUUAGGAAUUGCCAUUGUAUAAAAAGAUAUAGAGCUUCUGAUGUUUUUAUUUUUUCUUCCCAGUUUGAAUAUUUAAAAUAAAUGGAUAGAUUUUGGCAGGCUUUCCCUUGUUGCGUAAGAUUGUGUAUUAGAAUGUAACCCCCUCCCCACCACCACCUUUUUAGACUGUGCCAUUCACUUGAUCUUAUUUUACCUUGUCCAUUCAUACUCGAAGGGGCGCUAAGCAGAGCUUUAAAAUCCAUUUGCUUACUUGCAUGAACAACACUUACCACUGGUCCCACAUUUCUUGUGUUUAAAAUCUGUUAAUGUUCUUUGCUUUGAUUUAGGGAUAUUAUAAAUUUUAACAACCUAGUACAAAGCUACAGGUUAAAAAAUGAAAAAAUAAACUGCUGGUUCCUGUGCUUUAGAUCACAGGGUGCGGUUGAAACUGGACCAUUGGAGUGAGUUUGAAUACAUCACAGGAAGUGAUUAGGAUCCAGGAAGCAGCAGCAGUUUUCAUGUGAAAAAACAAUGGAUUUUAAAACUUUGCUUAUCACCUCUUUUCAGUGGGCAGCAGUGUGGAGUAGUGGUUAGGGCUCUGGACUCUUGGCCGGAGGGUCGUGGGUUCAAUCCCAGGUGGGGGACUCUAGUAAAAACCCAACUGUAUAAAUUGGUAAUUGUAUGUAAAAAUAAUGUGAUAACAAUUGUAAGUCACCCUGGAUAAGGGUGUCUGCUAAGAAAUAAAAUAAUAAUAAUGCUGAGUGUGGUUUCCAGCAUUUUAAUUGGAGGAGCAGGAUUGUGUUGGGCGUGUACUUGCUAGCAUUUUAAAACACACUUUACUGCUGAAGAUUCUUUCCUGGGUCAUGCAGCCCAGUGUUUAUUCGAUGAAGUCUCUAGGUCCAGUGUGCGCAUGUCGAAGAGCCUCCCUCUGUCUGUCUGUCUGUCUGUCUGUCUGUCUGUGCUGCGGAGGACACACAGAGCAGAGGGAGGCAGACUCUUGUACUCGCUGUGAGCAGCACGCCACCUCCCUGGUUCAGAGACUUCCAACACUGCUUCAGCUCCACCAUGAUCGGACACGCUGAUGCAGCUAAUAAGAGGCAGGAAUGUUUCUUUUAAAAUUUUGGGAAGUACACCUUGAAAGGAACUCAAAUGUACAUCAAAGUACCUUUACUUUUAAUUUACUGCUAAAUGUGGCAGUGUGAGUGUGUGUGUGUGAGAUAUGUUUUACCCAAAGUAUUAUGAAAGACAGGAUUUAUUACAAACUAAUCAAUCACUUGAAUGAAGCUGAUAAAACAUGCUGCUGUUUUGAGAUUAUUGUUAAGGCAGAAAACAAUUUAAUUUAACAAAAACAAUAAGAAAAACACAAAUACAGUUUAUUUGUGAUGCCAAGGGUGUUUUAGCCAGAAGAGACUAAAGCUAAAAAGAUCAAAGGAUAGAACUGGGCUCAGCCUUUAAAUCAGACAGAUGGCACACCUGAUUUAACUUCUUUAUAAUUCAUUUUAAGUUCCUUAAACUAGUUUUUAUCUUACUGCUGUAGCAAGGCAUAAACCGUAUUCCAGAUAUUUCACUUAAAGGUGUAGACGCUUUUUAAAGGCAUACCAGCUAACGUUUUAGAAGCUAAUCGUUUCCGGUCCGUUUUCACUCUUCUGUGAUCAUUGCUGAGAUGAAGUUUUUCUCAUUGUUUCUGCUUGUGUGCUGCUCCUGGCAGGUAUAGGUAGGCUCUCCUACUCACUGUGUGAAGUGACACUUUUAUUGUGGAUUUGAUCUUUCCUUUUCUGUUAACAAGGAUGUGAAAAGGAAAUGUGAAAUACUUUUAAAGAAUAAUCAAAUUCUGUACAAACUAUCACACACUCAAGCAGAGCUGCAGGUUUUGGUAAUACUGUGAUCAGAUCGUAGGUUGCAGAGGAUGUUUUUCUUCAUAAAUGAAAGAUUGUGCUGAAUGAAAAGGCGUUGAAUGAAUAGGUGAAGGGCAGUGCAGGUUUGUGGAAGUAGAAUUAUUUUCUGAUGUAAAGCACCUGUAUGGGGACUAUAAACAGCUGCACUUUAACUGCUGGAAAACUUCAAUUGGUAGAAACGGCAUGGCUAGACUGCAGCCUAGCUGCCCUGUAACAGCUGUACUUUUAAGAUCAGUGUAAUUCUAUUAUAUUGUGUUUUACAGUCCAGUUGAUCCGCAGUCUGACUACACUUUUUUCCAGUUUCCUCUGCAGUUAAACUUCAGUUACUUUUCAUAUGGGCGGGCACUCUGUUAUAGUCCGUGCUUAAACUCUGGAUGUGUGGGAAAUUAAUGAAUUAAAACCCCUCAAAACCUCCGUUUUCAAGACAGCAGUGAGGGUGCUGGUUUGAUCUGACUGUACAGCACUGUGUAGCACGUAAUAUUGACACUGGUCAGUUUUGUGCUCGUGGGUUAUGGGCAAUUCUGAUAUAGGUGGUUGGUACAGACUUGUGUAAAGGGCUGUAAGCCCCCUUUGCCUGGAAGCUGGAAGUGGGGUACAUUGUCACUAGCAGUGUGCUGAUACUUGUACUCAUACUCCAAACGCCGUUAAGACGGAUACAUUUUACUCUUAAGGAUUUACAUUUGAAUUCCUCACCAAAAUGACCCAGCACACGGUGAUGCACAGGCAGGUUUGUAUUGGCGGUGGGUUGGUUGUCGGUUGCUCUCCCAAAGGUUUGUGACUCGUUUGCCUGGCCAAUACUCUCCACUAUUCAAGCACUGUUAUAUGGGGGGGGGGGGGGGGGGGUUAAAUUGAGGGAAUAAGAAAAAAUCAAGGAAGGUUUUAGACUCGCAUCAAACUAUAAAAAUACAUUUCAAUGAUUGUGUUUUCAGUACAAAGCCAGCUACCUGUUUGGGAUCUUGCUUGCCUCUCAGCUCUCCUCCUAUUGAGAGGGAGUCUUGGGUUAGCUGAUUGGACUGUCCCUACCAAAAAAAAAUAUGCAGCUUUAUACAAUGAAUUGCAAAUAAAACCUUGUUAUAACUUAAUAUCUGUUGACAAUUACAUGAGCCUUGUGCACCAGGCCACAUUCACUACUUUGUUGCAAAGCUUCAGACCCCAGCACCCAAUCUUGUUUGGGGGCCCCCCAGCGAGCUUGCGAGGCACCAUACCCCUUGUGGAUAGGCGGGUAUGUUGAGAGGUUUGCAUGCGAUCUCUAUUUGACUUUUCUGCUGUAGCAUCGAAAUCACCCUGUAAAUAGUGGAACUGUUCUUCUGAAAUAAAGGAUAUUCUUAAAACAACAAAAAA